UGUUGAAAGAAUUGAAAACAGGUAUCGUUCGGAGGAAAUUAUAUUAUCGAAUGUUAGUAAUUUGAUAACUGGAAGCACAGUUCAUGGACAAAUGAUCAAUUCCAUGCCUUCCAAAGAUGGACAUUCAGAAUCUCGAAAUGCUGAAAUUAUAUUGGAAGUUACACAAAGUUUGAAGAAUACAUAUUGUCUAAAGCACGGGUUAAGUGAUAUACAAUGUGCCAAAGAUUUAACCAAGGUGAAUCUGACCGGGACAACAUUGGGUGAGAUGUGUAUGCCCGAGUAUUACAACAACAAUUCGUGCAUCGGGUACGAGUAUGACUAUCGUAGUUUUGACGGAUCUUGUAACAACCUGAAACGUAAAUAUUUGGGGAAGGCGAAUACACCUUAUAAACGUUUGCUGUUUCCAGUCUACACAGAUGGUAAUAUUUCUUAAUUUCUUUAUGGCGGAAUUCACCCGUAACCUAUGAGUAUAAUGUUUAUUUUUUUUUUUUUAAACAUUAAGAUAUUCAUACCACUGCGAUGAAUUAAAAAUAAGCAUGCGCGUUCCUAUUGAUAAAACUUCACCUUAUAAUAAUAUAUUAACUAAGUUGCUAUAAUUAGCUAUUUUAAAUGAAUAAUAAUUAAAGGGAUUUGGAAUAGCGACUUCUAUUAUCCUAUCUUUUAUUACCAAUUUAAAGCAUAUAAUUAUUACGAUUGAUUGGGAUCGUGAGUAUAGAUUUAUAAACGAAGGGUAUAAUGAUUUAUGAUGCACCUGAGUCUGCGUGUCUUUAUUAACUUAUCGUUGAUGAUAAUUUUAUUGUUGGAUUUGUGUGAAUAUAUAUUAUUAUAAUUUCUUACCUGGUUAAUGUUCCUUCACUUGAACAAUGAUAGAAUUUGAAAAGAGAGUAUAACGACGUUAAUUUUUUUGAAAUAAUGUAAGUACAAUUUUUGGUUUGAAAUGAAAGUUAUUAAUUCACAACAAGAUAUUAUAAGAUUUUAAAUGAGUACGUUAAGUUAAUAAUCGCUUUAUAAUUUUGGUAGCGAAAUAAGAUGAUGCGUGUGAUACUGCAUGAGGUAGUUUUGGUUAUUAUGGACAGACUGAUCUCAAUAUCAAAAUGGGGGUUCUACUUAUAGUAUUGAACUUUGAUACUUUUGUUCC